CGGCCAGGACGAGGUGGUCCGCGAGCUGGUGCACUAUGGCGCCAACGUCAACGCGCAGUCACAGAAAGGCUUUACACCCCUGUACAUGGCAGCACAAGAGAAUCACUUGGAAGUGGUGAAGUUCUUACUGGAAAAUGGAGCGAAUCAGAAUGUGGCCACAGAGGAUGGCUUCACCCCUCUGGCCGUGGCUCUGCAGCAGGGCCAUGAGAAUGUGGUGGCCCACCUCAUCAACUACGGGACGAAAGGCAAGGUGCGCCUCCCAGCGCUGCACAUUGCGGCUCGCAAUGACGACACCCGGACAGCCGCCGUGCUUCUGCAGAAUGACCCCAACCCAGACGUACUUUCCAAGACGGGAUUCACCCCUCUCCACAUCGCAGCUCACUACGAGAACCUCAACGUGGCCCAGCUGCUCCUCAACAGGGGGGCGAGUGUCAACUUCACACCGCAGAAUGGCAUCACGCCACUGCACAUCGCCUCCCGCAGGGGCAACGUGAUCAUGGUGCGGCUCCUGCUGGACCGGGGGGCCCAGAUAGAGACGAGGACCAAGGACGAAUUGACACCUCUCCACUGUGCAGCUCGGAAUGGGCACGUGCGAAUCUCAGAGAUCCUGCUGGACCACGGGGCACCCAUCCAAGCCAAAACCAAGAAUGGCUUGUCCCCAAUUCACAUGGCGGCUCAGGGAGACCACCUUGACUGUGUCCGGCUUCUAUUGCAAUACAACGCCGAGAUAGACGACAUCACCCUGGACCACCUGACCCCGCUGCACGUGGCAGCCCACUGUGGCCACCACAGGGUGGCCAAGGUCCUUUUGGACAAAGGGGCCAAACCAAACUCCAGAGCCCUGAAUGGCUUUACCCCCCUGCACAUCGCCUGCAAGAAGAACCACAUCCGUGUCAUGGAGCUGCUGCUGAAGACGGGAGCCUCCAUCGACGCAGUCACCGAGUCUGGCCUGACGCCUCUGCAUGUGGCCGCCUUCAUGGGGCACCUCCCCAUUGUGAAGAACCUCCUGCAGCGGGGGGCAUCGCCCAACGUCUCCAACGUGAAAGUGGAGACUCCGCUACACAUGGCAGCCAGAGCAGGGCACACAGAGGUGGCCAAAUAUUUACUCCAGAACAAAGCCAAAGUCAAUGCCAAGGCCAAGGAUGACCAAACCCCACUUCACUGUGCGGCUCGCAUUGGCCACACACACAUGGUGAAGCUCCUACUGGAAAAUAAUGCCAGCCCCAACCUGGCCACCACUGCCGGGCACACACCCCUGCACGUUGCAGCCCGAGAGGGCCACGUAGAGACAGCCCUGGCCCUGCUGGAGAAGGAGGCGUCGCAGGCCUGCAUGACCAAGAAAGGAUUUACCCCUCUCCAUGUGGCGGCCAAGUACGGGAAGGUCCGGGUGGCAGAGCUGCUGCUGGAACAGGACGCACAUCCAAAUGCGGCCGGAAAGAAUGGGCUGACCCCGCUGCACGUGGCCGUUCAUCACAACAACCUGGACAUCGUCAAGCUGCUGCUCCCACGGGGCAGCUCGCCCCACAGCCCCGCCUGGAAUGGCUACACUCCUUUGCACAUUGCUGCCAAGCAGAACCAGAUGGAGGUGGCCCGCAGCCUGCUGCAGUAUGGGGCGUCCGCAAAUGCAGAGUCAGUGCAGGGCGUGACUCCCCUUCACCUGGCUGCCCAGGAGGGCCACGCAGAGAUGGUUGCUUUGCUCCUCUCGAAGCAAGCCAAUGGCAACCUGGGGAACAAGAGUGGACUCACUCCCCUCCAUCUGGUAGCACAAGAAGGCCAUGUUCCUGUGGCGGACGUGCUGAUCAAACAUGGUGUCGCAGUGGAUGCCACCACCCGGAUGGGCUACACCCCACUCCACGUGGCCAGUCAUUAUGGAAACAUCAAGCUGGUGAAGUUCCUGUUGCAGCACCAGGCAGAUGUCAAUGCCAAGACCAAGCUGGGAUACAGUCCCUUGCACCAGGCGGCCCAACAGGGACAUACGGACAUCGUGACUCUGCUUCUGAAAAACGGGGCUUCCCCAAACGAGGUCAGCUCGAAUGGAACCACGCCUCUGGCAAUAGCCAAGCGGCUCGGCUACAUUUCCGUAACAGACGUGCUCAAGGUUGUCACGGAUGAAACCAGCGCAGUGCUGGUCAGUGACAAGCACCGGAUGAGUUUCCCUGAGACAGUGGAUGAGAUCCUGGAUGUCUCUGAAGAUGAAGGAACUGCUCACAUAACUGUAAUGGGGGAAGAACUUGCUGGCUCCAAGGCCGAGAGGCAGGAUUCCAGGGAUGUAGAUGAAGAGAAAGAGCUGUUGGAGUUUGUGCCGAAGCUAGACCAAGUGGUGGAAUCUCCAGCCAUCCCGAGGAUUCCUUGUGUCACACCAGAGACAGUGGCGAUCAGAUCUGAAGAGCAGGAGCAGGCCUCCAAAGAGUAUGACGAAGACUCGCUGGUCCCCAGCAGCCCAGCCACAGAGGCGUCCGACAACAUCAGCCCAGUGGCCAGUCCGGUGCACACUGGGUUUCUGGUGAGUUUCAUGGUGGAUGCCCGGGGAGGCUCCGUCCGGGGGAGCCGCCACAACGGCCUGCGUGUGGUGAUCCCGCCGAGGACGUGCGCGGCACCCACCCGCAUCACCUGCCGCCUGGUCAAGCCCCAGAAGCUGAGCUCGCCGCCACCACUGGCUGAGGAGGAGGGCCUGGCCAGCAGGAUCAUUGUGCUGGGGCCCACGGGCGCCCAGUUCCUGAGCCCCGUGCUUGUGGAGAUCCCCCACUUUGCCUCCCACGGCCGUGGGGACCGUGAGCUUGUGGUUCUGAGGAGCGAGAAUGGCUCUGUGUGGAAGGAACACAAGAGCCACUAUGGAGAGAGCUACCUGGAUGAGACCCUCAGUGGGAUGGAUGAAGAGCUGGAGAGCCUGGAGGAGCUGGAGAAGAAGAGGGUCUGCCGCAUUGUCACCACCGACUUUCCCCUGUACUUCGUGAUCAUGUCACGGCUCUGCCAGGACUAUGACACCAUCGGCCCCGAAGGGGGCUCUCUGAAGAGCAAACUGGUGCCGCUGGUGCAGGCAACGUUCCCAGAAAAUGCUGUCACCAAGAGAGUGAAGCUGGCUCUGCAGGCACAGCCGGUCCCAGAUGAGCUGGUCACCAAACUCCUGGGCAACCAGGCCACAUUCAGCCCCAUCGUCACCGUGGAGCCAAGGCGCCGGAAGUUCCACCGCCCCAUUGGGCUUCGGAUCCCACUACCCCCUUCGUGGACAGACAACCCGAGGGACAGUGGUGAGGGAGACACUACCAGCCUGCGCCUGCUCUGCAGUGUCAUUGGAGGGACAGACCGAGCCCAGUGGGAAGACAUAACAGGCACAACCAAGCUCGUGUACGCCAGCGAGUGCGCCAACUUCACCACCAACGUCUCUGCCAGGUUUUGGCUGUCAGACUGUCCUCGGACAGCGGAGGCAGUGAACUUUGCCACUCUGCUAUACAAAGAGCUGGCCGCAGUGCCCUACAUGGCCAAGUUCGUCGUCUUUGCCAAGAUGAACGAUCCCCGAGAAGGGCGGCUGCGCUGCUACUGCAUGACCGAUGACAAGGCGGACAAGACCCUCGAGCAGCACGAGCACUUUGUUGAGGUGGCCCGGAGCAGGGACAUCGAGGUUUUGGAAGGAAUGCCCCUAUUUGCUGAACUCUCUGGGAACUUGGUACCUGUCAGAAAAGCUGCCCAGCAGCGGAGCUUCCACUUCCAGUCAUUUCGGGAGAGCCGCUUGGCCAUCCCUGUGAAGGUGCGGGACAGCAGUCGAGAGCCGGGAGGGUCCCUGUUGUUUCUGCGCAAGGCGAUGAAGUAUGAGGACGCCCAGCACAUCCUCUGCCACCUGAACAUCACCAUGCCCCCCUGCACCAAGGGGAGCGGAGCUGAGGACCGGAGGAGGACCUUGACACCGCUGGCCCUGCGGUACAACAUCCUCAGCGAGUCCACACUGGGCUUCCUCAGUGGGACAGACCGAGCAGAUAUGAAGCUGGCUAUUAUAUCAGAGCACCUCGGCCUCAGCUGGGCAGAGUUGGCGCGGGAGCUACAGUUCAGCGUGGAAGACAUCAACAGGAUCCGCGUAGAAAACCCCAACUCCUUGCUAGAGCAGAGCACAGCCUUGUUGAACCUCUGGGUCAUCCGGGAGGGAGAAUCCGCAAAGAUGGAGAGCCUGUACGCGGCCCUGCGGAGCAUCGACCGCGCUGAGAUCGUGAGCAUGGUGGAGGGCUCGGGCAGGCAGAGCCGCAACCUGAAGCCGGAGCGGCGGCACGCAGACCGGGACUACUCGCUGUCGCCCUCCCAGGUGAAUGGCCAGCAGAGGGCGCAAGCCCAAAGCACAGAUGCCCCCUCCACGAGUCAGGUGCAGGAGAGGAGCCAGGACAGACUGCAGGACUGGGAUGGGGAAGGCUCCAUCGUCUCGUACCUGCAAGAUGCAGCCGAAGGCUCCCAGAGGACGGUCACCAGCAUCACAGGGCUGGAGCCCAGUGGGUCUCAGGAGCAAGAGAGGGUCCUGGCAUCUUUCGAAGGCCCCCAGGCUGACAGGGAACAGGGACAACGAGGCCACGGAGAGCACGUGCAGUUGGACAGCUCCAGCAGCUGCGGCCGGGGCCCUGAGGAGGCAGCGAGGAUGUGGACUUUCGUCACCCAGCUUCUGGUGAGCCUGGUGCUCCUGGGCUUCUUCCUGGUCAGCUGUCAGAACGUGAUGCACAUUGUCAAGGGCUCCCUGUGCUUUGUGCUGAAGCACAUCCACCAGGAGCUGGACAAGGAGCUGGGGGAGAGCGAAGGCCUGGGUGACGACGACGAGGCUGUCUCCACCAGGGUGGUCCGCCGGCGGGUCUUCCUGAAGGGGACGGAGCUUCAGAAUAUGCCAGCAGAGCAGGUGACAGAGGAGCAGUUCACGGAUGAGCAGGGCAACAUUGUCACCAAGAAGGUCAUUCGCAAGUUUGUUCGGCAGAUAGACUCAUCUGGUGCUGAUGACACCCAGGAGCACGAGGAGGUGGAGCUGCGAGGGAGUGGCCUGCAGCCGGACCUGGUAGAGGGAAGGAAGGGGGCUCAGGUAGUGAAGAGGGCCAGCCUGAAAAGGGGCAAACAGUGACCCCACACCUGUCUCUUCGGACUAGCCUCAUGGGAGGACCACACCUCGACACCCAACCCCUGAACUCCACACACUCUGCCACGCACACAGGAGGAGAGCUGCACCGGAGGGCUGCGGGAGCAGCUGUGUUUCUCUAAGCUCACGGCAAGACCUCUGUAAGGGCCUUCUUUAGUCUCCUAUUCGCAUGAACGGCGACUGUAGACGCAUGACCUGCAGUCCUCAACCCUGCCUCUAGCAACGAUGGAUCCCUGCUGGGAAUCAGGACAGAAGCAGCGAGACGGCGAGCGUGAGUGUGCAAGUGCAGACGCGAACAAGGGCUCUUUUGUGGCUGGGGAUGAGCUUUGGAUUUUUUUUUAAAAAAUUGUUUUAAUUUUGACUUCGUACAGGGUACUUUUUUUUUCAACCUUAUCUGUAAGCAAUCCGUGUGGGCUUCCUGGAAAGGAAAAAAAGAAAACUAGGCCUGAAAGCAGUUCAGCACCUUAAUUCCACAUCCCCUCCCCUUCGGUGGCCUUCCCCACCCCC